UAACAGCGUCAUCAGCAUGUCAGUAUACGCGACUUCAAGCGCGUCGGUCCUGCUUUUCUUGUCGCCGUCGACUCAAAGAAAGAAGAUGAGCGGCAGCAGUGAUGACAUCAAGCCUGUGAGCUGCACCAUCAAGCUUCCGGUCCACCUGCAGAUCGGAGACACCACAGCAGACGCAGCUCACUCUGGGGUCUGCGUUGUAGACGUCACGCUGCCCUUUGGGAAGCCUGUCAAUAUUAAGGAGAUCACCUUUAAGAACUACUACACAGCCUACGUGACAGUCCGCUUGCUGAGGAGGAGUCCCGGACAAGAGGCCCCGGCUAAGUGGUGCACCGCCCUGAGAGACCUGCCGCUGAUGGACAACCCCCACACCGAGGGAGGCUCCCAGGACUACUGCUCCGUCCACAGGGCGCAGAUGCAGGUGGAGCCGGAUCAUGUGGUCUCUGUGAGACUGAUCCUGAGACAGCCGUCCUCUGCCUGGCUCACCUUCAGCCUGGAAGACAUCAACAUCUUCCCUCACGUGGAGCCGAACCCAGAGAAGGAGGUUUCUGAUUGGCUGUCUGACCUGACGCUGGUCGACCAGCACCCUGACCUGGAGGGCCUCCCGGACCCCCAGACCGUCUCAUCCAGCAUCCAGCAGAUGUGGGCUCUGACUGAGGUGAUGCAGACCAACCAGACUACAGCCUCCAUCGGACGAUAUGAUGUGGACGGAUGCUACGAUAUCAAGCUGCUCUCCCUGACGUAACGCGGCCGUCGUGGUCUGAUACCGAACUCACUUGUGGAAGAAGUAACGACAAGAAAAACAAUACAAAUGUAUUAAGAAACAGUUUCAGAGAAGAGCAAAGUAUUGAGUGUGUGUUGCUGGAAUUGCGACAUAACUUUUAUUUUAUUGUGAAACAUUGUUAUGCACCAAAGACUUUACUAUAGCUUAUACAUUUAAAAAUAACAGUAUUAACUGCAUUUACUGAUGCAGUUAUUUAUUUAAAGUCCUCAGCAGUCCUGCUCACAUCCUGCAUUCAGUGUGAUAUGGUGACACUCAUCAAUAUUCAGCUUUCUGCAGACUGCAGCCCACUGACACCGUGAGGAGACUUCUCCCUGUAACCGGUCCACUGUGUGAUGUGUGUGAUGUGUGUGAUGACGGCUGCAGGAGGUUCUAAUCAUUAUGACAACAUACUGAACACCACCAGUCUCUCUGAAUCUAUCAGAAUAAACUGUAAGCACCGAGAGGACAGGUGCUGCAUAUAGCAGUGGAUUACUGAAGAGGUGUGUGUGUGAGUACACACUGGUGAUGUCUAUCUUUGUGAGGACAAAGUUAGGUUAAAGACCUCGAGAGGACAUCUUGGUCAGUUGAGAUUAUUGAGGUUUGGUUAAGAUGAGAGAACUGGUUCAUGAGCCUCACUGUCAGAGAUGUCAUGUAGCUGUGAUGGUUAAGAUUAGGUCGAGGCACUAUUUCAAUCAUUAUUUAAUUUAUUAGUCGGACUCUCAGAGCAGGAAGAUUUUAUUUGUAUUUGUAUUUAUCACAACUUCUGGAAUAUCACUAAAUAUUUCACAUUAUUACUGUUGAUGUAAACUUGCUGCUUCAUAGGCAACCAAUAACUUGAAUCCUUUCUAAUUUGAAUUAUUUUGUUGCUGUUAUUGUUGAACAAAAUAAAUGUAUUGUCUUUGGUGGAUGGUUCAAAGAAAUGGAAAAAUAGUUUCAAAUAAAGUUUAGUUAAUGUCG